AUGGGGGAAGAAUUUGUAACGAAUGUUGAAAGAGGAAACUAUUUUUCAGGAAAAAUGCAAUGUGAAGAAGAUAAAAGCUUUUUCUUGCAGGCAGUUGUGUAUGUGGCUUUGCUGUCCAAAUAUCUUGUGCAAGCUCUGCCCUCCACCACACUGGGCGACUACUUUGUCGUCAAGGUACCUGCACUGCCCGAGGGUAGCACCGCCGUGUCCCACGUCAUCAGCCCAUUCAUCGAGUGCACCGAGGUCACCCAGACGGUCACCUACACGACACAAACCGACACGACACAAGUCGAAAGGACGACAGAACGUGUUGACCAGCUGUGGGUCACCUUCUUUGAUAUACCCAUACAUUUAUUUAGAAGAGACGAGGAACAGGAAUCUGGAGUUACUGUGUACAGAGGCAAUGGUCAGUUUACAUUGGAUGUUUUCUUAUCUUUAGCUGCAAGUGGCUGGACAGAUUUUAUACACUGUAUCCCAGUCAGUGGGUUUGGUCUUGAGUACUUCAUCUUUACACUGAGCCAGUUCCCCACCUACACUCUACUCUCUGGCGACGAACCAGCGAAUGUCAGGGCAUCAAGUCGAGGAUUGCCGGACAGAUUUGUACGAAUGGGCAGGGAACAGGCCCACACUUUCGCUAAUUGUCCCACGGCGAUUGAGUCCCCCGAUGAAUUAGAAGAGCUCCACCUGACGAGUGACCGACCUAUUGGUGUCAUCGCCGGCAGCUGUCGCUCCACUGGGGUCACCUCCCAUCUCUGUCACAACCCGCCGAGGACAAAUUUUAUUUUUGACAUGCUGCCCCCCGUGGAGAGCUACGGCAAAAGUUUUCUGCUCCCAAAUCCCGUCGUGCCCGGGUCCUACCGGAUCAUCAUCGUCGUGUCCUCUCAGGACAACACGCGCGUGGAGAUCGCCACGUCAUACUUUCAGGACAGCACUAUGAUAGAACUGGAUAGAGCUGGACAGCCGAGGAAUAUUGAGAAAAAAGGCGCGCGACUACUGGAGGCCGACAAGCCUAUCGUCUGCUUCUUGCUACUGCAGGGAUCGUGUGGGCAUCCAGAGGUUGGACUGUCAAUGACCAUCGUGGUGCCGACCUUCCUCUUUUACAAUCUUUACUUAUGGAAUUCGAUGUUUCCGUCCAUCAAAAAUUUGAAGGUCUACCUGUUGUUGAUGGCUAGAGGUGAUGAUAUACCUUAUGUGCGUGUAGAAGGGAAGCUAGUUAGAGGCUGGGUGUGGAAGAGCAUCUUGGGUGACCGUUCUUGGCAGACGGUGAACCAUCAGAUCGAGGAAGACGUUGGCUACGCCUAUCUGCAGGGCCGGUCUCACGGGUUCGGCUGUUAUGUUUACUGUUUUCAAAGCAACUUGAGAUACAUUCAAACCAGAGGCUUCAUCAUUUCACGUGUGAAAGAUUGUACCAAGACCAUACAACUGAUGAAUGAAUCAGACCUAGUGGACAAUGACUGUGAUUUUCAUUUUGAUGAGGAGAUUUUCAACCGAAUGGAUGAUGAUAACGAUGGAUUAGUUGAUGAAGAUAUACAGGCCAAUAUGAUAGUGGACGGCCAGUGGGGAGAGUGGAACCCAUGGGAGUGUGAGGCGCCCUGUGGGGUGUCGCCCUUCAUAGCUCGCAGAACCUGCACCAACCCAGCACCCAAGAGAAUGGGGAUGCCUUGUGUUGGGCACAACAUCAGAAAAAAUAAAGGGGGUUGUGUAGCUGUAGGCGCGUGCGAUCAGAAGUGUGCUAAAGGUUACUAUGGUUACAACUGUUCCUACACCUGCACUAAAUGUGCCAACGACUGCGACCCGGUCAAUGGUUCAUGUGACACCUGCUUACCUGGCUGGACAGACCCGCACCUCGGCUGCUCAACACCUUGCCCCAAGUGGACCUACGGCUUCCAGUGUCGGGAGCUGUGUGAGACCAAGUGUGGCUACGACUGUGAGGAGCGGGUGACAGGUAAAUGCCCAGCAUCGAAAAUGUUUUUCCUGUUCGUCCUCUGGAUAGACUUAAUGUUGAUGAUAAUGACCAUAUCGUUUGCUGUUAUCUGGGCUCACGGGGCCACACGGGUGAACAUUCUCAUGUUGCUGUCUGCCAUUCGAAGAAAGAACUACGUCUGGAGAUAUAGGAACGCUAAAGGCAAGGAGAUGGAGGUUCUGGCUUCUAGAUCCUUCUACAAGAUUUACAAAGCCCGGACUGGCAAAACUUUCCAGCAGGAUGGGAAAGUCACUAAAUUUGUGUCUGACAACGCGUUAGAAUCCAGGAGAAGAUUCAGUGUGAAUCGGUUGACUGAGGACGAGUCUUCCGGCAGUGCCUCCACCAGCACGUCUGCCAUGGUGCCCAUCGCUGUGAAUUCCGUUAGUAAACUGUCGUCUGCCAAACAGUCAGAGCAGAAGACGUCAUCUAAGGAUGUCACAGCCAAGCCGUCGUUUGUUAAAGAAUCUUCUACGAAAAUUGAUUCUUCCAAACCGUCCACGACUAAAAUCUCCUCUGCGAAAGAAUCGCUUUCAAAACCAUCCGCUACUAAAAUCUCGUCGGCUAAAGAAUCCCUUUCAAAACCAUCAGAAACUAGAAUAUCGUCUGCUAAAGAAUCUCUUUCAAAACCAUCAGCUACUAAAAUAUCGUCAGCUAAAGAAUCUCUUUCAAAACCAUCCGCUACUAAAAUCUCGUCUGCUAAAGAAUCUCUUUCAAAACCAUCCGCUACUAAAAUAUCGUCUGUUAAAGAAUCUCUUUCAAAACCAUCAGUAACUAGAAUAUCGUCUGGUAAGGAACUGACACCAAGUCCUUCGUCCGGGAAAGGUUUUGUUAGUAAAAAACUAAACUAGCGUCUCCAUUAAAUUUUACG